CAGGGCCCAUCAGUUUCCUCUUCCCGAUCGCAUUCUUCCUCCUGGCCAAAGGAAGAGAGGAGGCAUCUGAGGAAAAUUCCCUCGACCGAGAGGAGUCCGUAGAGCUCAGUGUGGACAUGGAACCCCAUGAAGAUGGAAAGCUCUCCUACGCCGAGUCUUCCAGCAGUGGAGGAUCUGUGUCUUCCAGGCCCAGCUUCGCCUGGCGUAGUCUGCCAGCGUGGGAGAAGCUGGUGCUGUUCAUCACAGUGAUCUUCAUCUUGGCCACGAUGGUGUUUGGGGUGAUGGAGGAGAUUCUGCAGGUCAUAGAGCUCUGGGGUCAGUUUGGCGCUCCUUUCGAUUGCCACCGGCUGCGCGCCCCGACACAUGCUUGUGGCUAGGCUACACAAGGGUCCUCCGGUGUUCGAAAAGAAGCGAUCGUUUCGAGCGGGAGCGCAAAAGGUUCA